AUGUCCUCGUCAGACAGCAACAGACUCUGGGACAUGGGCCACGAGCGACGGGGUUCGGCAGAGUCGACGAGCUCGACAUCGUCCACAUACAGCGCGGCCGACAUGGACCUGAUGCUGCAAAGGCGAGCCUCCCGACAGAGAUAUACCCUCGCCGAAGAGUCAUCAGGCGAAAGACCCCGGCCGCUCUACUUCAAAGUGCCCAGCAAGGGCAAACCGACGAAGCAAAAACAGCCGCUUGCCUCGGAGCCCAAUCGCCCACUGAGCGCCUCGUUCACAUCUGCCUCGCAUCUUGAACCCCUCCGACCCGCUGCCCGACCCAAGGCUGCCCUCAGGAACCGCGACGGCGGCUACGCAAUCCACGCCCAGAACAUGUCGAGCCACGUCCAGAUCGUGGCCACGCCCACGGCCGACACGGCUGGUGCAGGCCUCCUCCUCCACUUCGACCACCGCCGUUACCACUUUGGCACCCUCGCCCAGGGCACGCAGCGCGCCAUCUCCCAGCGCGGCCACUCCCUCGCCAAGCUUGACAAGAUCUUCAUCGCCGGCGAGGUCAACUGGGAGACCACCGGCGGCAUGCUGGGCAUGAUGCUGACGGUCGCCGACGGUCUCGCGGCCGUCGCCCAGGAUGUCAAGAACUCCAACGAGGCGAGGCGCAAGGAGGGCAAGCGCGAGAUCGCCACGCCCAACAAGACGUUUGAGAUUUUCGGCGGCAAGAACACAGCACACACCGUGGCCACGGCGCGAAACUUCAUCUUCCGCACCGGCAUGCCCAUCAAGGCCGUCGACCUGACCCUCGACCCCCGCGCCGCCGCCGCCGGCAGCCCGACGCCGCACGACUAUUCAAAGCCAGACUGGGAGGACGACACCAUCUUGGUGUGGCACGUGCCGGUCGUCAGGAGCCGCCCUGCGGCGGCGGCGGCGGCAGCCGCAGCAGCAGCAGCCACAGCUGCUGGAAAUGGUACGCGCCCGGUGCGGAAGCGAACCUUUGACGUGAUGCACGACGCUGAAGCCGGCGCUGCCGUGACAGAUACGAGAUUGGGGAGCCAGUCGCCUCGCGCGCGGUCCCGCUCCGCCUCGCCCCCGCGGAAAAGGCAGCAAAUCGCCGACAACACGGUCCACGACAUUGUCGAGAACAUGUUCAACUCGGACUGGAGCAAGGACGGCCUGUUCGAGACCAAGCUCGCCGACGUGCAGAUGCCGGCCAAGAUCUUCAUCCGCGAGAACGGCCACAUCAAGAAGUACAACGGACCGACACCGAGCACGAGGGAUGCUGUUGUGCCUGACAUUACGGUCCUCGUUCGCAAGCCCUGGCCGAGUGCCUUGGUCACCGACCUGCCGCCCACGACCAUGUCUGACACGUCGCUUUGCUAUAUUGUCAAGAACAGGGGGCGUCGUGGAAAGCUGAACCCCAAGGUCGCGAUCGAGCUGGGCGUGGCCAAGCCCGACUUCAAGCGCCUGACCGCUGGUGAGACGGUCAAGGCCAUGGACGGCAAAGAUGUGACCCCCGAUAUGGUGCUCGAGGCGCCUAUGAAGGGCCAGGGCUUUGCCGUCCUGGCCAUCCCCUCUCUGGAACACGUGUCUGGCUUCCUCGGACGGCCCGAGUGGCAGUCGGACGAGCUGCUCGACAAUGUCCAGAUCUUUUACUGGAUCUUUGGAAAGGGUGUCUUUGAUGACCCUUCGAUCCAGGACUUUAUCAAGAGCAAGCCCCACGUCAGGCAUCUCGUCAUGGGCGCUGACAUUUCGCCCAACAUGAUCACGUACGAGUCUUAUGCGGCCCUCUUUACCAAGCUGCACCGACUCGACCCUGCACGAUUCCCCGUGCUCCAGUUCGACAACACAUUCCGCGAUAUCCCCAAGGUCGACGGCCUGACGGUGGAGAUUGGCCGUACUGGCAUGAAAGCCCACAUGCUGCCCAACUUUAAGAUUAACGACGCCGAGAUCGUUCCCUUCCCUCUGCUCAACGAGGCCGAACAGAUCGAUGCGCAGGUCAUCGCCUUGGCGGAAGAAGCCAGGCAAAAGGUGGCUGAGCCCAGCUUCACCGACCUCGUGGAGCAGGACGAGAAGGACAUUCCCAACCGGGAUGCCCUCAUUGUGCCCCUGGGCACUGGUUCAGCGGCCCCUUCCAAGUACCGCAACGUCUCGUCCACCCUCAUUCGCGUUCCCGGCGUUGGCAGCUAUCUCCUUGACGCUGGUGAGAACACCAUUGGUCAGCUCCGCCGCGCGUUCCCCGCAGAGGAGUACGAAGCCAUCAUGAAGGAGCUCCGCUUCAUCUUCAUCUCCCACAUGCACGCCGACCACCACCUCGGCCUCGCCGACGUCAUCGCGCAAUGGCGCCGUCUCACGGCGGCCGGAGACGGCCAGUCCGCGCAGCAGCUCGUCAUAUGCGGCCCGACGCCCAUGGAACGCUGGCUCGGCGAGUACAGCCAGGUCGAGGACCUCGCGCUGCGGCGCAUCAACUUUGUCCGGUGCGACAGCGUGUCGUGGAAGACGCGCGGCGGGUCCAUCCCCGGCGCGCCCCUCGACAGCGGCCUCGCGUCCGUCGUCGCCGUGCCGGUGCAGCACUGCCACCAGGCCUUUGCCGGCGUCCUCACCUGGCCCUCGGGCCUCAAGAUCGCCUACUCGGGCGACUGCCGGCCGAGCAACGACCUCGCCGACGCCGGCCGCGGCGCCACGCUCCUCGUGCACGAGAGCACCUUUGACGACGACAAGCGCGACGACGCCCUCGCCAAGAAGCACUCGACCAUGGGCGAGGCCCUCGGCGUCGCCAAGCGCAUCGGCGCCCGCCGCGUGCUGCUGACGCACUUUUCCCAGCGCUACGCCAAGAUUCCCCUCGUCGAGCAGAAGAUUGAAGCUGCCGAGGCCGGGCCCGAGGCCGAGGCCAAGGACCAGGUCGUCCUCAUGGCCUUUGACCAGAUGCAGGUCCGGCUCGGCGAGUUCAGGCACGCGGCGGCGUUCCUGCCGGCGCUGCGGCGCUUCUUCGAGGUCGAGGAGGAGACGAAGGAGGCGGAGAAGGAGAAGGCCAAGGAGGCGCACGAGGCGGUGGAGAAGAAGAGGAAGAAGUAG